CUUUAUGUAACCAACAUGGCGGCCUCCUGCGCUAGAGCUCUGUGUAAGGUCGGCCGGUCCUUUGUGGACUCUCCUGCGGUGCUCCGGUCCAGUUCCGGCACCUACCUGCUGGGCAAUGCGGCCGCUCGUGGCUCCAGGAGGUGCUACAGCUCCGGCGGGGCGGGAUUCCGGGCGGCGGCGCUCUCUGUGCGGGCAGCAGCCGGACGCAGGGCGCUGAGCUGCGCCUUCCUGCUCGGAGGAGGUGUGGGUCUGUACCAGGCGCUCAGAGUGUCCGUGAAGCAGCAGCACCUGGCCGAGGAGCAGAAGCAGGUUUCGAGUCCCAAGCUGAUCCUGUAUCAGUAUAAGACCUGCCCGUUCUGCAGCAAAGUGCGAGCCUUCCUGGACUACCACGGGCUGCCCUACGAGGUGGUGGAGGUGAACCCGGUGAUGAGGCAGGAGAUCAAGUGGUCGGAGUACAGGAAGGUUCCCAUCCUGAUGGUGGACGGAGACGUGCAACUGAACGACUCGUCGGUGAUCAUCAGCUCCCUCAAGACGUUUUUAAUCAACAAGGAGAAGAACGUGUCGGAAAUCGUCCGCUGCUACCCGGUGAUGAAGUCGCUCAACGACCGAGGCAAGGAGGUGACCGAGUACAGCAACAAGUACUGGCUGAUGCUGAACGAGGCCGAGACCACCAGCGUUUACCCCAACAAGGACACCCAGAAAGAGGAGAUGAAGUGGCGUCAGUGGGCCGACGACUGGCUCGUCCACCUCAUAUCUCCCAACGUUUACCGGACCACCGGCGAGGCCUUGGCCUCCUUCGACUACAUCGUUCGUGAGGGCAAGUUUGGCACGUUCGAGGGCUUCUUCGCCAAAUACGUCGGCGCUACAGCCAUGUUUGUGAUCUCCAAGCAACUGAAGAAACGACACAACCUGCAGAACGACGUCAGGCAGGACCUCUACAAGGCCGUGAACGACUGGGUGGCCGCCAUCGGCAAGAAGAGGAAGUUCAUGGGAGGAGAUCAGCCGAACCUGGCGGACCUGGCGGUGUUCGGCGUCCUGCGGGUGAUGGAGGGUCUGCAGGCCUUCGACGACAUGCUGGCCAACACCAAAGUGAAGGCGUGGUACAGACGCAUGGAGAGGGCGACGCUGAACCACGAGGGCCGGAGCCCCACAGCCAGCCAACAGUAAGAACCUCCGGAGAACCUCCAGAGAGCCUUCAGGGAACAACUGGACCUGCUGCGUCUUGUUUUGUGGGAGUCGGAGGAGCAGCAGGAGUUUACCCGUUUGUAUGGCAGAGUAGCUGCAGACGUAGAGGAAAGAGUCGCUGUUUAAUCACUGAGCUGCUGUUUGGAGAAAAGCUGCCCUCUGCUGGUCGGCCGCGGCAACAACACGCCGACCUCUUCUGUACGUUUGACUGACACGAAAAGUAAAAGGUUUGCGUUCAUUUAGAGCAUCAGCAGAUCCAGAGAACCUACAAUGACUUCCUUUAUUCACUCAUUCACACCGAAGCUGCCGAGUCUUUAACACAACUGUUCAGCCAAUUUCUUCCACCUUUUAGAUUUAUUUUCUAUUUUGGGAGAGUUUAAAUCUCGUUUAUUUUGCCUUUUCUUGGCCAGACAACCUGCCGUGUUCCUGCGCUCACAGCAUGAACACAAAUAGAUGCAAAUUCAGUGAAAACUAAGAAAAGAAAACGCCUCUAAGCAAAGAAAACUGACAGAAGAAGGUGCAAAAUGAUGCAAAACCAGUUAAAACGAGAGCUACAACCAAGAAAACCAACAAAAAGCAGAUCUGAAACGAGCACGAAUACAGAAAAUGAACACAAAUAGUUGGAAAUUCGUUGCAAAUCGAGAUAAAACCACCUCUCAGUCACCAUAAAGAGGUUAAAACCAACUGAAAAUGAUGCAGAAUGAACACAAAGUGAUGCAAAAACCAGGUAAGACAGUUAAAGCUGCAGCUACGACUCACAAAAGGACGACUACUCAAAGCAAUUCACCACAAAAACAACCACAAAUGGACAGAAACCAACAAAAAGUAGAAGAAAAAUCACCAUGAAACAGCAAAUCUUGAUUAUUCUGCCAAUUUAUUCCACAUAUUUCUGAUAUUUUUUUGUUUUGGAGGAGUUAAAAUCUGACUUGUUUUGUUUUUGUCGGCCGACAACCUGCAGCGUUUCUGUGUGAACUCAAAUAGAUGCGAAUUCAGUGUACACAGAUUUAAAAAAAAAACAAAAAAAAACACCUUGAAGACACUCAAACACACCGCGACUCGAUGCCAAAUGACCGUAAAGAGAUUAAAGCAGACUAAUAGUUAAUGCAAAAUGACCAGGAAGUGACGCAAAACCAAGUAAAAGGCAGGUACAACUGCAACUACCACAUGUAAACGACUGCAAGGAGACGCAAACCAAUUAAAAAAAUAGAUGUAAGAUGCUUGAAAAAUGAGCACAAAUAGCUGCAAAUUCAGUGAAAAUUAAGAGAG